AUGCCUACUCAUGCCCGAAUCGACGUUUCUGGCGAGAAAGAAGACACCAGAGUCACCACACCCGAAUCGUCCCAGCCCUUGGCUACCGACAAAGCAAAUGCGGGCCAUGACAGCUCGCCUGUGGCUAGAUUGAAUGCCGAUGUGGAGGAUGAAGUUGCCUCCGGCCCGGUGAGAUCUGCCGUCGGCAUUAAGUGGUUCCUUGCCUACGCCUCGAUUCUCUCGACCGUCCUUCUCUUCGCCAUUGAUGGUACAAUCGUUGCAGAUAUCCAGCCCGCAAUCAUCGAUACUUUUGAUGAGGUUGACAAAUUAUCAUGGAUCGCAGUUGCAUUGAGUCUCGGCACCGUGGCCAUUCUUCCACAUGGAAAAGCAUUAGCCAUGUUCAACGUGAAAUGGUAUUUUAUCAGCAUGGUCCUCGGCUUCGAAAUAGGUAGUGCUAUUUGUGGCGCUGCCCCGACGAUGGAUGUUUUGAUAUUCGGUCGAUUCGUCCAAGGCUUUUUUGGUUGCGGGGUCUAUGCCGGUGGGCUCACCUCUGUUGCCAUGUCUACUAACAACCAUGAGCGACCUCUAUACUUCUCAGGGAUCGUAAUCGUGUAUGGCAUUGGCUCGGUAAUUGGCCCCGUUAUUGGUGGCGCUUUUGCCCAGAGUUCUGCUACGUGGAGAUGGUCAUUCUACAUCAAUCUAGUAGUUGCUGCCAUCUUUGCUCCUGCGAUAAUUUUUUGCUUGCCUAGCAUCAACCCGCUUGAUAUCCCGUUUUGGAAAAAAGUCCAGGCUCAAGACUGGUUGGGCAUUGUUAUAUUCCUGGCUGGAACCGCAUGCUAUGCGAUGGCGCUCACAUUCGGCGGUAGCUACUAUAGCUUUGGUAGCGGAACUGAAAUUGCGCUUUGGGUAAUGACAGGAGUUUUCCUCAUCGUCUUUGUUCUCGUCACCAUCUACCAUCCUGGCAUUUCGAAGGAUAGUCGAUUGUACCCCGGCCACUUUGCGAAGAGAUUGGAACUCGUCAUCCUCCAGUUUCAAAUUUUCGUUAUUGCCGGCACUAUGAACACCACCAUAUACUACACGCCACUAAUCUUUCAGAUACAAGGGGCGAUCGCGCUCUGGAGGCUGGUGUUCGUCUUUUACCACUCAUGA